AAGUCUGAAGCGACUUUUUGCUCAUAAUCUCCAGCGACACUUCCACUUCUGGCAACGGAGGUAUUGUACACGUAUUGACGGAAUAAACAAAUAUUGACGGCGGUAAGGGUAAGGUGUAUCGUCAAUCUAGUCCAUAUCUAUGCUAUGGCUUUUCUUGACUGAGAUCACGGCUUGUGAAUUUCAUACGUUAUGUUUCUUGAGACGACUUGGUUGUCGUGAGUAAACUUCUACUUUUCGAAUACAACAACUUGUGAACUUUUUUUGCUAGAGUAAGAUAGCAACAGGAGCAUAAUGUCACUUCUUCGUCUGCCUAUCGGGAUGGACCACGCCACUGGGGAUGUUCCAGCAAAUCCGUUUCUUGUUGGAGAGCCUUCGCGGCUCCACAGUGCAGGGGCGGCAGAGCAGUUGAAACUAAAGCGAAGUUCUGCGCUCGGCCCCGCGGCCUUGGCCAUGCCACGUCGCACGCUUGCCGACGUGAACGCUGAGAUCACACAAAAGACUGCGAAAGCAAGUCAGAAAGUGACUUCGAUUAGUCAGAAAAUCGCAACUACAGCCGCGCAGUCGUCACAGAAAACGCAAGUGAUGAAGCGACCGCGCACGCUACAGGAAAUAAACGCAGCUCUACCUGUCAGCGAGGGUGUAAUGAAGCAUCCUCGCCUGAUCGCGCCACCCCUGUCCGCAGUAGGUGCGACGCAACGCGCUGCUCCUGCUAAGAUGCAACUACAGCUCCAGCGGUUGCCCCAGCGCACAACGCAGAAACGCGCGGGUGCGGACCCAGAUGCAGGAAGUGGCGGCAACAUCAGCGCUGAAGACGUUAAAGAUUCGGCCCAACAAGAUUUGACCGGCGUUUUGGGGUUUCGAAAUCUGUAUAAGGGUUUCUUGAGCGACGCCGAGAGAGUCGCCCGGCAGUUGGAAAGAAUGCGCAACAUGAACAAAGAAGAGUGCGAAAUCGCUGAAAUGGAAUGGAGAGCCGAACAACAGCAGCAAGGCGCCUCCGCGACUCAAAAGGUUGCCGCGCGACGAGUGACUCCCGGGGCCCCUGUUACAAACAGGCUACGCACCCUUUCUCUUAUGUUAUCUGGGCCACACUCUGUCAGUCUCUUUCCAUGAAUUAUCUAAACUCUCGUAGCAAGUUGUCAGGCCAACACUCGUAUAAAGUGGUCAGGUCAUUUCGCAUGAAUACUCCUUGAAUGACGAGUCUCAACAGGCUUGAAAUGACAGAAAAGACUGUACUGCAGUACUGUGCGGUUGUUUUGUUUUUGGUCGAGCAUUAGUAUAGAACGGAAAAACUUACUCAUACUCAUUUGACUACGAUUUUGAAAUACAAACUUUAUAAAAAAUUUUAUCUACUCUUAAAUAUCUAGUUUAAUUAGCUAGUUAAAGGACUCGCUGGAUGGACGGCCAGCGAGUCCAUUAAAUAGCUAUUUAAACUAUCUAAUUUAAAGUAUCUAAAAGUAAAAUCAAAAUCGGUUUUUGAAAAUCAUAGUCAAAUGAGUAUGAGUAAGUUUUUCCGUUCUAUAAUUAGCGACACACUUUUAUUGGCAGAUCCAUCCCAAACUUUUGAUAUUUCCUUCUUCAUGCGCGAGGUGAAUGCGUCCGGCGAUAACCCUUUCACUGCAUCGCCAAAGCAAAGUGUGGAAAGCGGCGGUCGUUAUAAUUUGUUCAGUGAACAAGAUACUGGUGUUGGUUCUCAGCAGAAUGUGAAUCAGGAACGCGUGGCUCUGCUCAAACAAAAACAACAACAGACCGCGCAGGCGAAACAGCAACAAGCACAGCAAACGUUGGAGUUGCAGCGUGUGGCAAAGCUCAAAGCACGGCUGAAUCAAAGUGCUUCGCAACGUGUUGGAGCGCCGGCGCCGCCGCCGCGGUGGCAACCGCAAGACCACAGCGAUGUUGAGGAUCAAGACAAGGAGGGCACGCGAGACAGUCUUGAAUUCUACGAAGCAAGUGAGAACGAGAAUGCACUAGAAGGUUACGAUAUAAAGGCUGCUGGAAUCCCGCAGGAAGUGCCGCAGCACUGGCUCUUCUUCGAUCGACCCUACACCGAAUGGGAAGAACAGAACGCAGAAAAGAAAAACAAGCUGUACUGCCUUCUUACUGGAGCGAUUGGCACUGACAUCAUCGCGCGGGAGUACAACAGCGAUGGCGUGCCCGCAGACGGAGAAGCACUCGUCCAGCAGCCACCCCACGAUAUGGCUGGCAAAAAAUUGCUCGUAGUUGUAGCCGAGAUCAAACUCGCGGAAGCCCUAUGCAAAGACAUUGCAGCCGCUGGCGUUGCGGGAGUCGACCGAAUCCACGGAAAGCGGGCGCAGCAUCAGCGCCGCUCAGCUCUCGAUCGAUUCAGGUACAAACUAUUUGCCUCUAGCCAAGAUUACAUCACAAUAAAGAUCAGAAUCUGAAUUUGAGUCCAAUCAAUUAGGACGUCGGACAACUAAGUGUCUUCAUUUGAUUUCGACAUUUCAUUGUUUGAUGAUUCUUUUAUCACCUUCACCCCCUUCCCACCCAGGUCCGGUGAGAUCAGCAUUUUGAUUUCGACCGGUGUAAUUACAAAUGUGGACUUGAGCGACAUUCCAGACGUGACUGGGGUGGUUUUGGCGAGCGGUGUGGAAACUGCAGAGGAAUACGCUCAUAAGCUGAGUUGCCUUGAUGACACUCCGACAAACUUCGCGGUGAUCUUCUUUGAAUACUACCACAAAAGCCCCACUGUAGCAGCUGACAUCUGCUCCCUCCUCGAGAGCAUCCCAGGCCAGAGUGUACCACCGCAACUGCGCCAGAUCGCCGACGAAGUGGAGCAAGGAACGCGGAAAAAAUAAGGGCUCACUCAUUGCUCGAGCUCUCCUCGUCUACAUCUAGAUGACAGUGGUAUGAGAUAAAGAUCUAUAAUGUUGUCGUGCGCGACGCAGUGCACACUUACAGAUAAAGAGCUUCAAAGAAGACAAGGCAGAAAUGUCUUGUGAGAUAUUGCCGUAAGUGUAAUUUGCUAGAUUCUCUUGGCUAGUUCAGGAGGCCGUACAAAGUGCUCUUUUCAAGCAUCGCUGCACCCCCCAUUCAUCAUUACGUAGAAAGUCUGCACUAUUUUCUUACGUGUACGUGUUAGAAAUUAUAAAUGCCUUGGCCGUGUGAAAAAAGGACAGAGCUUCUUCCACGUUUGGUACUGCCGCUGAAAGAGUUAUUGAUUGUCGCACCCUCCCCGUCAAAGAAACCACGCGCAAAAUUUGAGAUUUGUCCCUAGUAACUUCGAUGUUUUCACGAUCUUUUCGAACCCGCACCCGACAGGUUCUCGGUCUUAAGUGUACGCUUUUUCAAACGAUCCUCGCAAGAAACGAAAAGAAUAGAGGUACGACGUAAU